UUCAAGGUGGGACAUUGCGACCGUUAUAUCCAGCUCAUUCAAAUAGUAAAGAUGGAUCAAACUUGUUCAAAUCGUCGACGACCAAACAAUGCUAAAUGCAUUGCAGCAAAGGCUCUGCUCUCCUCGCUCACUGCCGCCAACAUCGGCGUCCUUUGCCUCCCUCUGCCGCAUGCACACCAUAGACUCCCCUGUCCCUGAUGUCCUUUCUCUACUCUCCUCAUCUUCCCCUCCCUCCGACCCGUCUAUCUGGAACGCCGCCCUUCGUCGCCUGGUUGAUGACGGUGACCACGCUGCUGUACUUGCUCUAUAUCGUCGCAUGAGCUCCCCUUCUUCCCGCGCUGUCCCUGACAACUUUACUUUCCCUCUCGUCCUCAAGUCAUGUGCAUACCUUGGCGACCUCGCGGAGGGUACUCGUAUUCACCGUAAUGCCGCUGAUCUCGGUUUAGUCGCAAAUCUUUUCGUUUCCAACUCGCUCAUUUCCAUGUACGGUAGAUGCGGCGAUACAAGUUCAGCAAAGAAACUGUUCGAUCAAAUGCCUGAACGAAACGUCGUCACCUGGAGUGCGAUGAUCGGUGCAUAUGCUGAUAAUGAGCGUGAUGAAGAAGCGUUAUCUCUAUUUCGUUGUAUGAUAGAAAGGGUUAGGCCGAAUAGACCCACUUUUCUAAGGGUGAUGCCUUGCAUUCGCAGGAGCGAGGAUGCGGACGAUUUGUAUAAGCUUAUAACAAGACUGGGUCUUGAUUCGGACACUGUAGUCCUGAACGCAAUGAUGGUGAUGUAUUCAAGGUGCGGGAGAGUUGGGUUUUCUAGGAGAUUGUUUGACGGGAUUAUUAAUAAGGAUUUGGUUUCUUGGAGCUCAAUGAUCGAGGCUUAUGCGCAGGCCGACAUGUUUAUUAAAGCUCUGAAUUUGUGGAAAGACAUGAAGCUUCUUGGAGUUGUUCCUGAUCAUGUUAAUGUUCUCGGUCUGAUUCGCGCGUGCUCGAAUUCAACUACGGCUUCUGUUCGACACGCACAACUCAUUCAUGCUUUUGUUGUUCGAGGCUUCCAUCAGCAUAACGUGAUGGUUAUGACAGCUUUGGUUGAUCUUUAUGUCAAGCGUGGCAGACUCAAAUCUGCGCGUAGAGUUUUCGACGGAAUGCAGCAGAAGAGUGUGGUUACUUGGAGUGCCAUGAUUUCUGGCCAUGCUGGAUUGAUCGAUGAGGGAUGGCGAUGCUUCAAUUCCAUGAGUUCGGAAUUCGGAAUAACUCCCAGAGCUGAGCAUUAUGCCUGCAUGGUUGAUCUUCUUGGACGUGCUGGGAAGCUAAAGGAAGCUCGAGAGUUCAUUGAGAUAAUGCCAAUGGAACCGAAUUCUAGUGUGUGGGGAUCAUUAUUAGGUGCUUGUCGAAUUCAUCCUGACUUGGAAAUUGCAGAACUAGCUGCAAGGUCACUGUUUGAGUUGGACUCUAAGAAUUCUGGACGAUACAUUCUUUUGUCUAAUAUCUACAUUUCCUUGGGCAAGAUUGAAGAAGCUAACAACAUUCGUACUCUAAUGAGAAGGCGAGGAGUGAAGAAAACAGUGGGGUAUACUGUUAUAGAGCUGAAGGGUAAGGUUUUCAAAUUUUUAGUUGGGGAUCAAUCGAAUCCAGAUUCAGAUUUGAUCUACAAGGAGCUGGAUAGAUUGAUGAAAAGGAUUAAGGAAAUGGGUUACAUACCGAACACCAGUUUUGCAUUGCAUGACGUGGAAGAGGAAACCAAGGAACAAUCUCUGUAUGUGCAUAGUGAGAAACUUGCAAUAGUUUUUGGAAUUUUGAAGUUGGAUCCUGAGUGCGACAUCUGGAUUCAAAAGAAUCUCAGGGUAUGUGGAGAUUGCCAUGAAGCAACAAAAUUUAUUUCAAAAGUAGCUGGAAGAAAAAUUAUAGUAAGGGACUCUCAUAGGUUUCAUCAUUUCAGCGGUGGGUCUUGCUCAUGUGGAGAUUAUUGGUGAAUUUAUCUGAAAAUCUGACUGUUCCAUUUCUCUAAAGAGCUGCCCUUUUUCAGCAUAAAAAGAUUAGCCAUGGAGCCUUAUUUGAUGGUGGAGCUUAUCGGUGGCAUGUGUCUUUUGGAGAACACCAUAUUCAUGCAGAUUAGUAAUGAAAAUCAGUCAACAGGUUAAUGGUCUAUUUGGGAGCUAAGGAUCAAUCCGGGGCGAUUCGACCAUAUCUAAAUGCAGUCGUACAAUUGUUAUGAGUAUUAUUUUUC